CGUUUGUCAUCUCUUAAUCUAUCGAUAGGCACACAACGAAAAUCAUACAAUUUAAAAGUUGAAUAUAAAAAGUUAAAUGAAUCUUAAAAAUGGCCGAGGACAAUGGAUUUGCAGAAUGGGGCGGUUACUUCGAAGCGAAAAAAUCAAAACUUGAAGAGCAAUUCGCAGCCGCCAGCGAUCCCUUUCGUAAAUCAAAUCUAUUUGCCGGCAUUUCAAUUUUCGUUAAUGGCCGAACCGAUCCUUCGGCGGAUGAACUGAAGCGCAUUAUGAUGGUGCACGGCGGCAUUUAUCACCAUUAUGAACGCUCGCAUACGAAUUUCAUCAUUGCCUCCAACUUGCCCGAUGUCAAGGUGCGCAACAUGGACACGACGAAAAUAAUCAGUGCCCAGUGGGUGGUAGAUUGCGUAGCCAAGUCCCGGGUGCUGGACUACAAGCCAUAUUUGCUGUAUACGAAUCAAAAGACAACACAGCCGAGACUCAAUUUCGGCAAAGGCAAAGACAAAGCAAAGCAUGACGACGAAGAUCCAAAGCCCAUUCCAGAAUGCCCAGUCUCCGUUCCCGAUAACCUACCGUCUGUACCAGUAGAGAAAGUAGAAGAGGAUCUGGGUGGUAUACUUAAAGAACUGCAGCAGGCAGCCGCAGUUGUUUCACCCCAAAAAGAAUCUUUGGCCACAAAAAUAAAUAAUUUGUCGGCCACAUCAAUUAACCAACCAGCACUCACCGCUGUCGAUCCAGCGUUUCUUGGUGAGUUCUAUAAAAACUCACGUCUGCACCAUAUCGCCACACUGGGCGCGGGCUUCAAGGAACAUGUAUGCACUCUUCGCAAAACCCAUGGUGACAAGCCAUUUCCAAAACGUGCUGAAUUACGCUCUACGUUGCAAUGUAAACAGGAGAUCUCAUCCAAUCGAUAUGUUAUGCACAUUGAUAUGGACUGUUUCUUUGUCUCUGUGGGUCUACGGUUGCACCCCGAAUUGCGCGGCCAGCCGGUGGCUGUGACUCACUCGAAGGGAGGUAAUGCUGCCACCGAUGUGCCUGUACAUCCCCAGGCCGAUCGUCAAGCCGAACAGGAGCUAUUCGCUCAGCGCUUCGAGCACCUUCUGCAUGACAAUAUCCGAGCGGAUAAGGUGCGCACUGGCUUUGAAAAGAAGAUGUCGCUCUCAGAGAUUGCGUCCUGCAGCUAUGAGGCGCGCGCCAAGGGCAUACGCAACGGCAUGUUUGUGGGCCGAGCUUUAGAACUAUGCCCAGAACUGAAGACGAUUCCCUAUGAUUUUGACGGUUACCGAGAGGUGGCCAAUGCUUUGUAUGACACUGUAGCGCAAUAUACAUUAAACAUAGAGGCCGUCAGUUGUGACGAGAUGUUUGUGGAGUUGACGGAUUUAGUAUCGGAAUUGCAAGUGGAUGUAAUGGAGUUCGUGGGUCACCUUAGAGAGGAGGUGCGAUCGAAGACGGGAUGUCCCUGUUCAGCGGGUGUUGGGGCCAACAAAUUGUUGAGCCGUAUGGCCACCAAAGAAGCCAAGCCAAAUGGCCAGUUUUUACUGAAUCCCGACGGUGAUAUCCUGUCCUAUAUGGCUCCAACAGCCUUAGAAUCCUUGCCAGGCGUUGGCAGCAGCAUAAGUCAUAAGCUCAAACAGGCAGGACUGAACAAUUGUGGCGAUGUGCAGAAAAUAAGUGUAGAGCAGUUAGAGACGGUGCUGGGUAAAAAAAUGGCCCAAACUCUGCAUCAGAAUUGCCGCGGUAUUGAUCCCCGCCCUUUGGCCUAUGAACAGCAACGUAAAUCCCUUUCUGCCGAAGUUAACUACGGCAUCCGAUUCACCAAAACCAGCGAAUGCGAAAAGUUUCUGCGUCAGCUUAGCAUCGAGGUACACACGCGACUCAAAGAAGUGAAGCGGACUACAAAAUCCAUCACCCUGAAGUUAAUGGUCCGAGCGGCUGAAGCUCCCAUUGAAACAUCCAAAUUUAUGGGUCACGGUGUAUGCGAUGUAUGGACCAAAUCUGCACUGCUGAGAACAGGAACUGCUGAUGUAAAUAUUAUAACCGAUCAGGUUCUCAGCUUACUGAAGCAAUCUAAUUUGCCAUCAAAUGAGCUGCGCGGCGUUGGCAUCCAUUUAAAUAAAUUGGAGGACCCAACCGAAAUGAAAGGGGAGAAUGUGCUGAAGCAAAUGUUUUCCAAAAUCUCCGAAAAGAAAAAAGACAAUCAGGCUGAGAAGCUUGCGAUUACCGAAUGCCAGGAGACACACCACCGUCCGAAGGAAAAGGAGAAAAAAGAACUGCCAAAGGAGGAAACCAAACCUAAAGUUAAGCAAGGAGUUAAUGUACUGAAUAUGUUAAAAAACGCUGCGGCUACAUCUAAGUCUAUGAGUCGAGAGGUGACCCUCCAAGUCGCUUCAGUUGAACCUAUUGUGGCUCCAUCAGCCCCAGUGGCGAACCCUGACGAUGCUCAAUUUGAUCCGGAGGUUUUGGCUCAACUUCCGGAAGAUUUACGUCGAGAGGUUCUGGCUUUUAAGGAGGAAUAUCUUUGUAUGGCCAAUAAAGAUCCAAUACAAGAGGGGAGAAACUUAAAAAAACGCACGCGGUCACCGACACCGCCAUCUACACCGCCGUCAAUAAAAAUGCGAAGUUUGUUGCCAGAUCUGACCCUCAGUCCCUUGACUACCAGUGAUCUAUUACCAUCCACAUCCAAGGCGGCUCGGGCCAAAGAGCUGAAGCGUGCCAAACGAAAGGAAGUGGCCGCCGCCUGCCCUUCACAUCAAUCUGAGGACAUCCCAAUCGAUUUGAAAACCGACAAUGGUGAGACUGUUGUGCCGUCUGCACCGACAACUCCUCCCCAUUCGCCGACUACGCCACCUGGACUUCUCAAUCGUAACUACAAGACAAUGUUUGCCAAUUGGGUGAACAAUGAAGUCAUUCCCAAGCCAACCGAUGUCAAUAUAAUGCAUGAGCAAAUCUGUGAUUUGGUUAAAGCUGAUAAUGUGCAUCGCGUCUACGAAGUGAUGAAAUAUUUCUGCUGGCUUAUUAAAACGAAACGCAGCCGUUCCUGCGACUGGCAUCUGGCUUACAAUUACAUCGAAAUGGACAUCCAGGAGUUGAUGCGGAACAUUACGGGUCAUAGCCUUUAUCUUCCCGAGACCAUAAAAUGCUCUCUGUGUGGUGCUUUGUGAUAAAAGGAAAAAUAAACGAAAACAAAAUACCA